CCCUCGCACGCAACCACCAGCCGGACUUUACUACUGUCAGCUCUUCCGCACACACUCUGACAUGUGGACGAUUUUCCAAGACGAAUUGUGAGGCGCGGCACAGCUCAAAGGUGAUCGUGUGUCUUAGUUCGGCUGUAUCACGGGGCGUGAGAGAUGCCUGCUUGUGUCCGAUGACAACCCAUUCCUGCUACCACGCCGUCGCCGCAAAACCACGCCGGACAUUCACCAGCACAUAGCAGCUAUAUUCACUACACCUCCCCCGUCCACCGUCUUCUGCUUACACCGGACGUGUCGACGACACAUACGUAUACAAGCACCAGACCAUGCUAAAGAUCGAGGAACGUCCGCUACCGCUGCCACCUUCGAUUCCCCUCUAAACGCCCACCAUGCCUAAGUCGGUGGCUUCACACGCGUCUUCCAAUCGCGAGGACGACGACGACGAUGACUAUGAGAUCGACGAGCAACAGGCUGAAGCCAUUCGCAACGCCUACCGAAAUGCCUUCUCCAACCAACAGCAGCAACAGCAUCAUUACAACAUGUCCGCCGCUCCCCAAUCCCACACCUCUCCGACCGCGACCCGGCGCCUCGCUUCGCAUCAGCCCUCCGAUACCGACAUUCGCCACCGUCAUCGAAGCGUCCAAGGCGGCGGAGGCACCACCGAAUCCAGCGCCCUCCUCGCACCCGAAAAUCCCGCCCUCUCCCGUCGAGAUUAUCGCACCGUUUCCGCCCCCAGCACGCCCCGCUAUGGCUUCGCUCGAGCCCACAGCUACGUGCACUCCGCCCGAGGAAGUCGCCGAGGGUCUUUCGCUCGCGGACUCAUGAAAGCUAUCAACCCUUCCACGUACAGAGGAGAAGAAGACAAUGAUAAUCGACGAGGUCCAACCAGCUCGAAAUUGAGGCAGAAACUCUACUGGGAUGAUCGUGUAUGGUAUGAUCAGUUUACUUCGACGGAUUGGGUACACGAUAGUAUUGCGGACGCGUAUCGAGUGAAAGAGCUCCGUUCACGGAAGGACUUUCGAGGGCGCGUCUGGGCGUUUUUCGAUGGGGGUAUUGGAUGGGUACUGGUGUUCAUCAUCGGAUGCGUGACAGCGGCGUUUGCAUACUUGAUUGAUAUCACCGAAGCUACCAUCUUCGAUUACAAGAAUGGUUACUGCGGGACGCAUUGGUGGUAUAGUAAGAGGAUGUGCUGUACUGGAGCUAGUGAGUGUGAGAGUUGGAUGAGAUGGUCGGGGUCAAAUAAUACCACUGCCCAGGAUCAGGCGGCGCUGUGGAAGGACUAUGGGGCGUUUGUGCUUUGGUGUGUGAGUUUGGCUCUGAUUGGGUGUCUCAUUACACUGCAGACCAAGACGACAAUUUCGAGUGCGAUCAGCUUGAGUACGUUGGAUGAGAAUUUGGCGGCGGACCAUCAUGAUCCGACCAAGUCCGGGACGGAGGGAGGGACCAAGAGUGGAUAUGUGAGCGGCUAUGUGAGUCCGACACAGAGAUUCCAGGAGGCAGCAAGGAGGCCUCCAGUCACAUAUUACCCAGCUGCAGGAAGCGGUGUGGCCGAGGUCAGAGUAAUUCUUUCCGGAUUCGUCUUGCACGGAUAUCUGGGUGUAAGGACGCUGAUGUGCAAGGCGAUUGGCAUCGUGUUGAGUGUCGGCUCGGGCAUGUCAGUGGGAAAAGAAGGCCCUUACGUGCAUAUCGCCACGUGUAUUGGCAACAUCAUCACUCGAUUCUCCUCCAAGUACCACGACAACGAUGCGAAACGAAGGGAGAUCCUAUCCGCUUCUGCGGCCGCUGGUGUGGCUGUUGCUUUCGGUGCGCCGAUCGGAGGUGUCCUGUUCAGUUUGGAGGAGGUCAGCUAUUACUUUCCUCCCAAGACGCUAUUCCGAACGUUCUUCUGCUGCAUCGCUGCGGCUCUAUCGCUCAAAGCCCUCAAUCCGUACGGAACGAACAAGAUCGUGCUCUUCGAGGUGCGAUAUUUGACAGACUGGAACUCAUUCGAGUUGAUCGUUUUCGCCUGUCUGGGAGUGCUUGGCGGCGUGCUCGGAGCGUUGUUCAUCAAAGCUUCCAGACUUUGGGCGAAGACAUUCAGAAAAUUGGGUUUCAUCAAGUCUUACCCCAUGCUGGAAGUCUUUCUUGUGGCUCUGGUCACGGGUCUGGUUAGCUUCUGGAAUCGGUUCCUGAGACUACCUGUGGCGGAGCUGCUCUUUGAGCUCUCUGCGCCUUGCAGCAGCUUUUCGAACUCUGGAUCCGCUUUGUGCCCUACCGAGGAGCAGAUUCCGUCAACAAUCAAGUAUCUGCUGGUCGCGUUCGUUUUGAAGGCGAUUUUGACAACAGUCACGUUUGGCAUCAAAGUGCCUGCUGGAAUCUAUGUGCCAUCCAUGGUGGUUGGUGGUCUAGCGGGACGUAUCGUGGGUCACAUUGUCCAGCUGGUGGUGCUGAAGCAUCCCGAUCUGGCUGUCUUCUCGAAUUGCCACAUUGACGGCAAUCCAGAGGAGUGCGUCGUUCCUGGCGUUUACGCGCUGGUCGCGGCAGGAGCCACGAUGUGCGGAGUCACUCGUCUAUCUGUGACUCUUGCAGUCAUCCUCUUCGAACUCACAGGCAGCUUGGAGCACGUCCUGCCUUUCUCGAUGGGCGUGCUGAUAGCCAAGUGGACAGCUGACGCUCUCGAGCCGUUGAGCGUGUACGACUUGCUGACAGACAUGAAUGCUUACCCCUACCUCGAUCAUAAGGUUCGACCUGUGUUCAGCACUGAUCUCGGCGACAUCACACCGGAGCCGAUGCCUAAUCGCUACAUUGACAUUUCGAAUUCGCCAUUUGUGCCAGCAAAGCAGCUUCGCUUCAAGCUGGAGUACCUACACAUGGCUGGUGAGCUCGAUGGCGGUCUACCUAUUCUCAAGAAUGGCGUCCUGGCAGGUCUGAUUCCAGGUCCCGAUCUCGAAUUCGCACUCGAUCGCAUUCCUGACGAAGAAGAGGCCAUGUGCCGCAUGGACGCGCACGAUCAGGCUGUGCAGGGCAGCGCGCGGCCUUCGACCGGCGUCUCGGCAGAAGAGAACGAUUCGGACACAGCACGAGAGGACAAUGUCGGAGAUGCGGAGCAGGCACAUCGUCCACGUCCGGCCAGCACGAUCGGCGAAGACAGCGAUCCGACUGACUUGACUCCCUACAUUGACCCAGCGCCGGUUGCGUUAGAUAUCACAAGCCCAAUGGACUUGGUGUUUGAGUGCUUCGCGAAGAUGGGUCUGAGAUACAUCUGCGUCUUGCACGAGGGCAAGUAUGCAGGCAUGGUGCAUAAGAAGGCAUUUGUGAGAUAUGUCAAGGCGGUGCAGGACGAGGAUCGUUAUGGGGUACCGGCCGAGUGAGAGAGGCGCGAAGUGAAAAGACACUACGAAAGUCAUGAACUGGCGUUUGAUUUUGCAUUUAGGGGGAAAUGGAAUGAUUUUUGGUAUUUUGCGUUCGAGCGAAGACUCUCGGGACAGAUAUGUGUAGGGAGGGCCAUUUCGGCUUGCAUGGUUUCACAUGCUCGACGCGUUCCUGGAGAGGGAGGCGCGAGGCGGAGGCGCGAGCUUUUCAGGAGUUUUGUGUGGGAUUUCGAAUCGAGAUAAGUCGAUGAAUGGCGAGGCAUGGCAUGGCAUGGCUAACUAGUCAAAUGAGGAUAUUUCGGUGAGAGUUGUGAAAUCAACCUGUCUUGGUAUGGAAGUACCAU